CGCUCCUGCGCCCCGCCUCCGCGCCCCGGCCCGGCGCCUAACCCACUUCCUGCUCCCCCCACCCCCGGCGAAACCAACGAGAGGACACCGCCCGCAUGUAGAGCAGCCCGAGCAGCCGUGGGACCCACAGGCGCGCGGAUGUGAGAGGAGAGCCGUCCGCGGCUGCGCUUGCCCGCCCCUGAGCGCCUCGAAACUCGGGAAAAUGAUUUCUGAAAGCAGUUCAUUUUUGAAGGGCGUGAUGCUUGGAAGUAUUUUCUGUGCCUUGAUCACUAUGCUAGGACAUGUUAAGAUUGGUCACGGAAAUAGAAUGCACCACCAUGAGCAUCAUCACUUACAAGCUCCUAAUAAAGAAGAUAUCUCAAAACUUUCAGAAGAUGAACGCAUGGAACUCAGUAAGAACUUUCGGGUAUACUGUAUCAUCCUUGUAAAACCUAAAGAUGUUAGUCUUUGGGCAGCAGUGAAAGACACUUGGACCAAACACUGUGACAAAGCAGAGUUCUUCAGUUCCGAAAGCGUGAAAGUGUUUGAGUCAGUUAACAUGGAAACAAAUGACAUGUGGUUAAUGAUGAGAAAAGCUUAUAAGUAUGCCUUUGACAAAUACAGAGAGCAAUAUAAUUGGUUCUUCCUGGCACUCCCAACUACAUUUGCUGUCAUUGAAAACUUGAAGUUUUUUUUGUUAAAAAAGGAUCCAUCCCAACCUUUCUAUCUAGGCCACACUGUGAAAUCUGGAGACCUUGAAUAUGUGAGCGUGGAAGGAGGAAUUGUCUUAAGUGUAGAGUCAAUGAAAAGACUCUCCAACCUUCUUAGUGCUCCUGAAAAGUGUCCUGAACAGGGUGGGGUGAUUUGGAAGUUAUCGGAAGAUAUGCAGCUGGCAGUCUGCCUGAAAUAUGCUGGCGUAAUUGCAGAAAACGCAGAAGAUUCUGGAGGAAAAGAUUUAUUUAAUACCAAAACUGUUGGGCUUUUCGUUAAAGAAGCUAUGGCUAGUAGCCCUAAUCAGGUAGUAGAAGGAUGUUGUUCAGAUAUGGCUGUUACUUUUAAUGGACUGUCUCCCAAUCAGAUGCAUGUGAUGAUGUAUGGGGUAUACCGUCUUAGGGCAUUUGGGCAUGCUUUCAAUGAUGGGUUGGUUUUCUUACCUCCAAAUGGUUCUGACAAUGACUGAUAAGUGAAAUGAGGACAUAUAUAAGUAUAUAUAUUCCUCAAUGGUAGGAUAUGUGGUGCUAUUAUCUGUGGGAACAACUACAUAUCCAAAACGGCAGUAUGGUCUUUCUUUUUCUUUUGAUUGGGAGGUAAUUGAGGUUAAUGCAUAUUAAAGAUUAGUAGUGCAUUUUAAACAGAGUGAGAUGUUUCCCCUUAAAACAAAAAAAGACAAAUGUUAAAAAAAAUUAAAAAUCCAAAUGUGUUAGAAAUGUUUUAAGAGUGAUGAUUCUGCAAAUAAAGGAUAUAUUUAUAAAUAUUAUUUAAUUGUAAAGUUUAGAUUAUGAACAUUAAAAGUCUGUGGCACUUUUUUUGCUGGUUACCAAUUUCACUUAUUUUUAGCCUUGUAAGAUACGCAGAUGCAAUCUCUAGUUGUGAAUUUCUGAUUUAAGUAAAAUUGUCAGCAUGUGUUUCUAUCAUUUCUAAAGUUGGUUUCUGUUCUAAGUGUCUCCAAGAUUUACCAUUUUAUUGGGAGGGAGCUGUUUGGGGUUUUGUGGGUGCCACAAAACAUAGCCCCAGUGUUGCUAGGGGCUACUUCCCGCUCUCUGCACCAGGAUCAUUCCUGGAGGUUCUCUGGGACCUUGCAGUGCCAUGUAGGUUUAGUUUUUCAGAAUACACAAGGGGCCUGGAAGAUGACUCACUAAUUUAAGUGCUUGCCUGUAAAUGAAUUCAAAGCUGGUGUCCCCAUGUAGACUGAGGUGAUUCCAACAGCUCAGAUGUUAAGAAUCUCCAGCAAAAAAGGGCCUGGAAUAUGGCUCAGUGGCUUAGAAAGCGUCCAGUGCAAGUGUGAGGGCUUGAGAUUAAUCCCCAAUGCCUUACAUAUACCAAGGUAAUCCUGACAGGCUCACAGUCUGGGGUUCCCUGGUGAGAGAAACUUUUUAAAAACAUAUAUCCGAGCAACAAAGGAAAUGUUCCCAGAUAAUGUUAAAGUAAAAGCUGAAAUGUGCAACCAGAGAGCUGAUAUAGGAGUUAAGGCAUUUGACUUGCACACCAGUGACACCCAUGUAAUCCCUCGCACCACAUAGGUCCCCCAAGCCCCACUAAGAGUGAUCCCAUCUCUGAACACAGACAGAGCCAGAAAUAAGCCUUGAGCACUGCUGGGUAUGGCCCAAACUUCCUCCUCCAUGCCCCGCCCCGCCCCGCCCCUCCCCUCCCAGAGGUUGAAAGCUGUCUCUGAAAGAAAAUGUGAAAACUGUUUCAAGACGUUAAUAAUUUUUCUAGGAGCCAAUUUUGUAACAUUCCUCAGCAUACAGAAUUUCACUAAAACUCUAUUCUCUUUGGUUUCUGUAUUUAAAAAAAGUAUCAGUUAAUACUUAUUUCAUCCUGUUGGGAAAAUGCAAGCUAUGGAUGUAUCUUUUGGAAAACUUAUUUUGGCUGACUGGCAAUUAGUUUUACUGAUUUGAUUCAGUCUUGGUUUUUGUUUACCUGUUCAAAUUCUAAGAUUUUUUCCAUGUUCCUUGCACCACACCCAGUUUUGGGUUAUGGAGGUUUCAGCCUCAUCAUCCACCUCCUGUUACCAUGCGAUUUGCCUAGUUUCAGUGGCUACUUAGAAGCUUCAUCCAAAGGUAGAGAGAGUAGUCCCUGAGCUUAUAAAUAGGUGAAAUAUUGGAACUGACUACUAUAAUAUGGCCUGCCUGUUCUAUAUUAGGUAAGAUUCCUAAGCCCCGUAGAGUGUGAGAUGAAGACACUUGUAAUACCAGUAUUUCUUGUAUUAAACUUUAUGAUAAUGUUCUCAGACAGCUUCUGAAAACCAGAGUUUUCUCAAGAGAGCAUCAUGCUUCAAAUUAUUGUUCAGUAGAGUACUGUUUAAAACUUCAUCAGGUUUUGGGCUAGAGAGAUAGUACAGCAAUUAGGGUGCACACAGCCGACCCAUAUGGUCCCCAAGCAUCGCCAGGAGUAAUCCCUAAGUGCAGAGCCAGAAGCAACCCAUGAGCAUUGCCAGAUGUGACGCAAAAGGGGAAAAAAUAUAUCCUCUUAAAACUUUCGGUUUAGAGGGGCUAGAGAGAUGUACAGGGGAAAGCACUUGUCUUGCAUCUGGCAGACCCAGGUUUGAUUGCUGGCACCCCACUUGGCCCCCCAAGCCCAUCAGAGUGAUCCCUGAAUGCAGAACCAGGAGUAAGCCCUAAACACAGCUAGAAGUGGCUUCAAAACUAAAAAGCAUCAGAUUUGCAGGAAGAAAUAGAUAAGGCACCUCGACUUUUUAUAUGAUUUUGUUUGGUUUAUUUGGGGGGGAAUUCUUAUUUUUUUCAUUUUGGGGGGCCAUACCUGACAGUGCUCAGGAAUCACUCCUGGAAAGGCUCAGGGUACCAUGCUGAGUGCUAGGGAUUAAAUCCAAGUCAGCUGAGUUCAAGACAAGCGCCCAAUCCACUGUACUAUUUCUGCAGUCGUAAGACACCAUGACUUUUACGUUUUCUUCUAUGUUGUUAAAGACUUGUUUAUGCAAGAAAUACAACUUUUAAUGUCCAGAUUUUUCUGUAAAGCAUUUAAACAAACACUUCUCUUAGGCUCACUUAAAAGCACAGAAUCUAGUCAUGAUGUACCACUCACUAAAUUCCCCUUCGUUUGUGAAGAACAUUGUAUUCCCUUUGUGCCAGCAGAUUUGAAUGGAUGCAUUCAGUGCUGGCCCAAGUGGUUAUGUGAAGAGCAUGCUUUUGUAAAAGUUAAGCUUUCUGGGCCUCGGGGAUAUUGCUCCGUAGUAGAACACCUGCCUAGCAGGCAUGAGGCCAAGCAUUCCAUAUCCGGUACUGCCCACACACAUUGCCAAGUGUGAAUUCAGUGUCACUACCACUCUGAUCUCAGGUGCUCUACAACCAGAUGUGUGUGAGCACCACAACCCUAUGUAAACUCUGACUGUUAGAGCCGUAACUAAGGAAAAGAGUAAGGUAAAUGUGUUCAUUAAAAACCUGUCCCCCAAAAGUGAAGCGUUCCCCCCCACUUAUUUAAGUGAAGCAUUUAUUUUAGAAUACAAAUACAUUGAGAAAUAUUUGCCAAUUUCCCCAUCCAAGAUUUCUCCAAAACUUAAUUUAAAAUGCACCGUAGCACUGUCAUCCCAUUGUUCAUUGAUUUGCUUGAGCAGGCACCAGUAACGUCUCCAUUCUGAGACUUGUUACUGUUUUUGGCAUAUUGAAUACGCCACAGAUAGCUUGCCAGACUUUGCCGUGCAGGCGGGAUAUUCACGGCAUCACUUAAAAAUUCUAAUAUAAUCGAAGAUAAAAUACUCUUAAAAAAUUAAAGCAUAGGGAAUGAUCGUGCUGGACAAGAUCUGACGGAUAAAAGUAGGGAAGGGAUAUUCUUGAUAACCUUUCAGUAUUAAUAUUGCAAACCACAAUGCCCAAAAGGAGAGAGAGAGAGAGAGAGAGA